GCUAUGUAAUUGGCAUAUAAUGCAAAAUGCUAUAAAGCAUUUAGGUAAUCGUAUGAAGGAUGAUGAUUCUUCUCUGCUUAAGGACUUUAAGAAGUGUAUGUUUGAAUAUGAAAGUGAGACUGAAUUUGAAGAAGCUUGGAAAAUAUUGCGUGAGACUUAUAGUGUUCAAGAUUCAAGUUGGCUAGAUGGUAUAUACCAAUUGAAAGAGAAGUGGGCUAAAUGUCAUUUGAAGAAAGCAUUUACUCUUGGAAUGCGGAGUACUCAACUAAGUGAAAGUUUGAAUGCGGAUGUGAAAGAUUAUCUGAAGUCAGAUAUGAAUAUUGUUGAUUUUUUUGAACAAUUUGAGAGGGUGGUAAGACAGAAGAGAGAAAAAGAGCUGUUGGCAGAAUUUAACUCAAGGGAAAAAAUACCUACAUUAUCUUUGAAGAGGUCUCCCAUAUUGCAACAAGCUGCCCGGGUGUAUACACCCAUGAUAUUUCAGUUUUUUCAAAACGAGAUUGAUUGUUUAUCAGCUGCAAAAAUAAAAAAGCGCAAUGACAAUAAUCCAAUGCAAGAAUACUUGAUUGAGCUUCUUGAUGAGGUUGGAGAGUACGUUGUGUUAUACACUCCCUCAAGUGAAACAGUCACAUGUAGUUGUCGGCUGUUUGAAACUUUUGGCAUUUUGUGUUGUCAUACAUUGAAAGUACUUGAUAAUCUUGAUAUCAAGUCAAUUCCUGAAUCGUACAUUUUGAAGAGAUGGACUAGGGAGGCAAAGCUUGGAUACACUGUGCACAAUGAGGAGAUUGUGGAAGGUAAUCACAGCAUGGAACUUAUACAGAGAUACAAGAGAAUUUGUCCAAGAAUGGUAAGACUAGCUUCUCGGGCUAGUGAAGACAAAGAAGCGUUUGCAUUGGUAGAAAGGUUGAUGGAAGACUUGGAAAAACAAGUUGACAAUAUUUUAGUGAAGAUAAAAUUAGCUCCUCAUCAUUCUGAUAAACCAGCUGAGAAUAAUAAUUUAUCUCAAGAAGGUGGUUUAAUGGAAAAGGUUAAAGGACUUAAAAGGCGUAUAGUUCGUAAAGGUGGUAAACGACCAAGAGGUUUUAUGGAGUUGAACGCAAGGCGAAAAGCUACGAAGAAAAAGUCUUUUACACGUCAAGCUGCUCAGGAUCCUCGUAGCUCAACUCAAGUGGCUAGUUCUAGUUGUACUCCUCGGGAUGUUGGAGGAUUGGUACAACUUAUUUGAUUUGUUCAUUUUUAUUUCCUGAAUUUGUAUCCUAUUACUGAUAAGGUGAACUUGGUUUUUAAUUGUAGGAAAAUUUGAACCCCAAUAUGCCA